CCGGGCAUUUUUGUUUUGUCCAAUCAAAUCACCUCAUUUUUUAGGCGACGAAUUUCAAAAACGCUCGUGUUGUUAUCGCUCCAUGCGAAAGCAUCAAACAUUGACUUCCUUUUCCAUUUAGAAGGCUUGUUUUUCUCAGGGGUGAAGGCGGCGUUUGCAGCUGAUUCCGAAUUGUAGUCAUAGAGAAACGGAAACCCGAAGGGGUGUUUCUAGAAAUGAACGGCCGCUGUUGAACGAGACCUCUUUGAUGCUGCGCAUCGAUCAAUUCACGGCCGAGUGUGCACGCGCCCAUGUUUACAUUCUGGAGUGUUGAAAAAUGAGCGGGAAGGGACAGGAACGACAUGGUUCGAGUCCAGUUUGAUAAUGGCCUCCAGGUUUUUGCAGGAUGAGCUUUGCGGUGCCUCAGCCAGAGGGGAGCUGUCACAUGUGCUGGAGCUGCUACAGCAAGGGGCUAAAGUCAAUGGGCCAAAUAGAUUCAACAGAAGUGCACUUCAGGUUGUUCAGCUCGCGCACAGUGGGAUCGUGGAGGCUCUCCUGCACGCGGGCGCGGACCCCAACGCGCGCGACCCGGUUUUAAAGCUCACCGUGACCCACGACGCGGCGCGCGAGGGUUUCGUGGACACCGUCAGAGUGUUAAUUAGGCACAGUGCAGAUGUGAAUGUCGUGGACGACAGAGGGAACCUGCCGCUGCACCUGGCCGCGCGGGAGGGACACCUGGAGGUGGUCCGACUGCUGAUUGGACUCACGGCCAAUCCACGCGCGCCCAACGCUCAAGGCUCCUCCCCCUGGCAGCUCGCGCACGACUUCAAGAGAAAGGAGGCCGCUGAACUGAUCUCGGCUCACCUGCGUGAGAAUCCCAUUUCAGAGUAAAAGGAAACGGAUGUUAGUGCAUAAAAAUCAAACGUCUUUCCUAGAAAUAAUCUCACAUGUGACAAUUGUAGCUUCUAGAAGCUAAACUCUGGUCAUCCUGAACUUCACCUGCCGCCCUAGAUUACUAACAGCAUUUAGGAGGAUUCUUUCAUUCAUUUUAAAGCUACAUUUCUGUUUCUACAUUGCUUAAACUUGAUAUAUAAAGUUAAAAACAACAUAACGCUGUGAUGUACAAUUUAAUUUUUUAAUGAAGAAGCAUUACACUAUUUUUUGGUUUGUUUGUACACCGAGGUAAAGCAAUGAUGGUUGUGUUUGUGUAAAAUUGUUUAGGCUUAACUAAAUAAAUUUGACUGAAUUGUUUUACUUGAAAAAAAGUUGAUUUCUAAUUGUUUCAAAUGCAAGUAAUUUAACUAUUAGCUCCUUUUUUGCGCUUUCCGUUUUUUGUCUCAAAAAACAAGUUUUCCUGCGACUUCACAUUAAAAGAUUUUACAAUAGAGUGACUCAAAAGCAUGUA